CCUUCUCCCCAAUUUUUCCACACCCGCUGGCUAACAAAAGACCCCUGCCAUUGUCUACGCCAUUCAGAGACCUAAAAAAUGGCAGAAACCAAGAUAAGCCUGAAGCUUGUGAUAGACAAGAAGAGAAACCGAGUGGUCCUCGCUGAAGCAGGCAAGGACUUUGUUGAUUUCCUCUUAGAAGCCUUCACUCUGCCGGUCGUAACUGUCGCGCGCUUCCUGAAAAAUGAAGACACGGCAGGCUGCUUGCAAAGCCUCUACAGUAGCAUUGAAAACUUGAGUGACUCUUUCAUCCAGCCAGGCCGAAGCAAAGAUUUGGUGUUGAGACCCAAAUUAGUAACGUCUGGAGAUACAGGCUCCCUCUUUCCAAGGGUCGAUCACUGUACGUUCUUGAAAUUAUAUCGGUGUUCGAAGUCGAACUGCUAUUGCCGUGGUACUCACUUGUCUUCUAUAUCGGGCAGACGUUGUUUAUCAUGCGAUUCACCAAUGAGCGAGGAGGUGAGAAUUGAAGAGCUAGAAAGCAGAAACAAGGCGAGUGGUAAUUUCGAUUUCGUGAAAGAGAGCGUCACAUACAUGGUGAUGGAUGAUCUGGAGAUAAAGCCCAUGUCGGUCGAUCUUUUCAUGACCCUGCUUAAUGACCAUAAUCUCAAGGAAUUAGGAGCGAUUGAGAAGAAAGUGAUCGAUUUGAGCAUGGAUGAGUGUGUGAAAUUGUUGAAGGCUGCUCUGCAAUCCAAGACUGUUCUGACUGAUGCCUUCCUGUCGAGUCCAUCAGAAACUGGGGAGUCAAUCAAAAAGAGUGAGAGUUCGGAUGGGGGAAGUAAAGGCAGUUCAGUAUUUCUGCCCGAUUAAUCUAUAGGUGCUAGGAACUGAUCUUGGAUUGUUUCGUAUGACAGAAGAUGUAUCCGAUCAAAUUUUGUGUGGCAAGAAAAAAACAGGGAGGGUCUCAAGUCUGGGAUUGUUGUCUUUGCAGUCUGGAUGCUUCAGUUUGAUUCCUUUUCCUUCU